CGUGGUGUAUGUAGCCCGUGACUUUUUCGGUCGGGGAGUGGUGCUUCUGCUGGGCCAGGAAGAUGAAGCUGAAGCUUCGAGGUACGGACCUGCGACAAGAAAGAGAGCGUGAAUUCGAAGUGUGAGAAGCGUUUUGGAAAGCGGAACAGGGAGAUUAUGAGGAAAGGGUUCGAUGAGGGCAGUCGCUGGGCCAGGGCCGAAGGAGCAGGGAAGGGCACUGGGGUCCAGGAUGGGGCAGAUUGUUCGCUGGGAGGGGGGGGGGGGAGUGGUCCGAGUAGGAGGCUGGGGCUAGGCCGCGUAGGGGGGGUAUCGCCGGCAGAGGAGGGAUGCCACCGAUGCUUGGAUGCUCAGGCGCGAUGGACCGUGGAAGUGGAUAUUCGCAGGGAGCGCUGCGGGAACAGGAGGUGUUGACUCUCGAGGCAAUGAAGACGGAGGAGGACGAUGGGGGAGGAGGGAACUUGGCGGAAAGGGAUGACUCGCAGGAGGACUGGAGACGUGCGCCAGUGCAGCUCUUCUGGGUGAGGAUAAAAGGUGCUGGCUGGGCUUUCGUGGGGAGGGGAUGGUGCCUGUCCGUCAGACUGUCUCCUCUGGCUGGCUGUUGGCUGUUGGGUGUUGGCUGCUGCAGCGCUUUGCUAGCUGUCUGGUUGUCUGGCUGUCUGGACUCUGGCUGUCUGGCUGGCAGGGUAAGACAGGGAGGCCGCGCGGGAGCAGAGGGGGAGAGGGGGAGAGGGAGAGAGCGCGCGAGCGAGCGAGCAGAAGAAGAGGACGGGGGUAGGGGGAGCGGACGAGGGGGGCAGGCAGGGCAGAAGAGCAGAGCCACCAGAGGGACCGUGGUGGAGCAGAGCAGAGCAGGCCGGGCAGCGCAGCGGUGCGCACGUUGUCGAAGGUCCUUGUUCUGGUCUGUCUUGUCCGCUCCGGUUGUGCGCGAACAAUACUCUAGUAAUCUGCGAACAAACGCUCCAAUUCGGGCACAGCUCUUGACCUUCCCUGACGGCCUGGCUGGUUCGUCUGCGGAACGCUUCUCUUCUCGGUGGCCGCCGCGGAGGCACUUCCUUCUUCGCCCCUGUCCUGCGGCCUGGGGCUGGACUGCGACCCUCGUCUGGGUCCCCGCGAAUCACCGUAGCCAGCUGGCUAGCGAGAAGCCGAAACACGCGCCCAAGUCGAAAGAAAGCCGGUUUAAAAUAUCUCAAACACACAGCCAAGAGUGGCCGGUCUUCAGGGGUAAGGCCCAAAGUCGACGUCAACGCAAGAAGUGGGUGAGAGCAGGCCCGUUGAGCCUGUGUAGCCGCGUUGCUUUUGGCGCGAGGAGGGGGGUGGGGGAUACCGGUAUCAAUCGUGGUGAGGCGACUGGGUUGUCGGAUCUGCUGAGAGAACACUGAGGGCAGAUUCAAAUUAUCCACGUCCCGCUGGCGGUUGGAUUCAAGGGGAGUGAGCUGAGGUUGCUGGUCGCUGGUCGCUGGCGGAGCAAGGAGAUACGGUACGGUAUGUAAGGGAUGGAUGCGGGAGCGGGGCGGGCACGGCGGCGGAGGGGGCGAUUUGCGGUGGAUGGGAAGGGCACGAACGAAGAGGUCACGAAGAACAACUGUUUUGUUCUGUGUCCUGUUGAAUGGUGUCACUGUGUCGCCGUGUCGCACUCGCAGAUAUUAAAGUCUCAGUCCGUCCUGGGCUUAAUUGAGGAGGCGGUGAGUGAGGGCAAUUGAUUGCAUG